AUGAUGGAGAAGGUAACCACCACCACCACCACCACGGGCACAACCGCACCCAUGACGGUUAAAGUUAGCCCUGCGGCAAAGAAGACGCUUUUAAUCUUGAAUUGCAUCUUGUUAUCCAUCGGAAACUGUGGUGGCCCAUUGAUUAUGCGGCUCUACUUCAUCCAUGGCGGCAACCGCGUCUGGUUAUCCUCGUUCCUGGAAACCGCCGGGUGGCCGUUCAUCGUUAUUGUCCUCAUAAUCCUCUACUUCCACCGCCGUGCAGCCGGAAAUAACGGAAACAAUAAAAGAACAACGUUCAUCUACAUGCGUCCAAGAUUGUUCUUCGCGGUAGCCUUCGUCGGUGUGAUCACCGGUUUCGACGACUAUCUCUACGCUUACGGCGUCGCCCGCCUCCCCGUCUCCACCUCCGCCCUCAUCAUUGCUUCUCAGCUAGCUUUCACGGCCUUCUUUGCUUACCUUCUCGUGAAACAAAAAUUCACAGCGUAUUCAGUAAACGCGGUGGUGCUUUUGACCGUUGGUGCGGGGGUGCUGGCGUUGCAUACGAACAGUGACCGGCCGGAGGGGGAGACUAAGAAGCAGUAUGUGAUGGGGUUUGUGCUGACGGUGGCGGCGGCGGUGCUGUAUGGAUUUAUUCUGCCGUUGAUCGAACUAACGUACAACAAGGCAAAACAAGCUAUUACAUAUACACUGGUGUUGGAGAUUCAGAUGGUUAUGUGUUUGUUUGCUACUAUCUUUUGUAUGGUUGGAAUGAUCAUCAACAAUGACUUCAAGGUGAUUCCGAGGGAGGCAAGAGAGUUUGAUUUGGGGGAAACCAAGGAUCAUAAUUGCUGUUCUUCUUCCGGUGACAGAGGUAUUAGCUGUUGUUUUUUACAAAGAGAAGUUUCAAGCUGA